AUGUCCCUCCCAGAGGCACCGGUGCCCCCAAGGGACCUCUCAGGUGUGGUAGCGCCCCCAGGCGCCGGCCAAGAGGUAACGUCGCCCCCAGGGGACCGCCAAGGGGUAACGUCGCCCACAAGGGCUUUCCUUAUGGGCAGCGAUGCACCCAGGGGCUCUCCUCAGGGUGCGUCACUCUUAGGGGCUCUCACAGGGGUGUCGGUGCCCCCAGGGAACCUGGCAAAGGUGGCGGCGCUCCCAGGGGCCCUACCUGGGGCGGUGGCGCACCCAGGGUCCUUCCCAGGUGUGGUGGCCCCAGAGGGUCCCUCCCAGGGGCACCGGUGCCCCCAGGGGACCUCUCAGGUGUGGUUGCGCCUCCAGGCGCCGGCCAAGGGCGAUACUCCCAGGGACUCCUCAGGGGCAUCGGUGCCUUCAGGGGAGCUCUCAGGUGUGGUGGCGCCCCCAGGGGUCCGCCAAGGGGUCACGUCGUCAGCAGGGGCUCUUCUUAGGCGCACCGAUGCCCCCAGGGGCUCCCCUCAGGGGUCACCGGUGCCCCCAGGCGAUCUCUUAGGUAUGGUGGCGCCCCCAGGGGCCCGCCAAGGGGUAACAUCGCCCCCAGGAGCUCUUCUUAGGGGCAGAGCGAUGCCCCCAGGGUCUCCCCUCACGGACAGCCGUGCCUCCAGGGGUCCUUCCAGAGCAGGUGGCGCCCCAAGGGGCAGCGGGUCAGUGGUGCCCCUAGGGGUUCUCUCAGGUAUGGUGGCCCCCCCAAGGGCCUGCCAAGGGGUAACGCCGCCUCCAGGGGCCCGACAAGGGGUAACGGUGACCCCAGGGGACCGCCAAGGGGUAACGUCGCCCAUCGGGGCUCUUCUUAGGAGCAGCGAGGACCCCAGGGGCUCUCAGGGCGCCGGCCAAGGGGUAACGUCGCCCCCAGGGGACCGCCAAGGGGUAACAUCACCCAGAGGGGACCGCCAAGGGGUAAUGUCGCCCACAGGGGCUCUUCUUAGGGGCAUCGAUGCCCCCAGGGGCUCUCGUCAGGGGGUGUCGGCGACCUCAGGGGCCCUGACAAGGGUGUCGGCAAUCCCAGGAGCCCUGCCAGGGGCGGUGGCGCACCCAGGGGCCUUCCCAGGUGCGGUGGCGACCACAGGUUUCCUCUCAAGGGCACCGGAGCCCCCAGGGGACCUCUCAGGUGUGGUGGCGCCCUCAGGUGCCCUCCAAGGGGUAACGUUUCCCACAGGUGCCCGCCAAGAGGUAACGUUGCCCCCAUGGGACCGCCAAGGGCGAUACUCCCAGGUCUCCUCAGGGGCAUCGGUGCCUUCAGGGGAGCUUUCAGGUGUGGUGGCGCCCCCAGGGGUCCGCCAAGGGGUCACGUCGUCAGCAGGGGCUCUUCUUAGGCGCACCGAUGCCCCCAGGGGCUCCCCUCAGGGAGCCCGCCAAGGGCUAACGUCGCCCCCAGGGGACCGCCAAAGGGUAACGUCGCCCCCAGUCGCUCUUCUGUGGUCAGCUAUGCCUCCAGGGGCUCUCCUCAGAGUCACCGGUGCCCCCAGGCGAUCUCUUAGGGUCAGUGGUGCCCCUAGGGGUUCUCUCAGGUAUGGUGGCCCCCCAAGGGCCUGCCAAGGGGUAACGCCGCCUCCAGGGGCCCGACAAGGGGUAACGGUGACCCCAGGGGACCGCCAAGGGGUAACGUCGCCCAUAGGGGCUCUUCUUAGGAGCAGCGAGGACCCCAGGGGCUCUCAGGGCGCCGGCCAAGGGGUAACGUCGCCCCCAGGGGACCGCCAAGGGGUAACAUCACCCAGAGGGGACCGCCAAGGGGUAAUGUCGCCCACAGGGGCUCUUCUUAGGGGCAUCGAUGCCCCCAGGGGCUCUCGUCAGGGGGUGUCGGCGACCCCAGGGGCCCUGACAAGGGUGUCGGCAAUCCCAGGAGCCCUGCCAGGGGCGGUGGCGCACCCAGGGGCCUUCCCAGGUGCGGUGGCGACCACAGGUUCCCUCUCAAGGGCACCGGAGCCCCCAGGGGACCUCUCAGGUGUGGUGGCGCCCUCAGGGGCCCUCCAAGGGCAAUGCCCCCAGGGGCUCUCCUCAGGGGCACUGGUGUCCCCAGGGGAGCUCUCAGGUGUGGUGGCGCACCCAUGGGCUCGCCAAGGGGUAGCGUCGCCCCCAGGGGCUCUUCUUAUGGGCAGCGAUGCACCUAGGGGCUCCCUUCAGGGUCAGCAGUGCCCCAGGGGACCUUCCAGAGGUGGUGGCGCCCCAAGGGGCGGCGCUACCCUCAUGGGCCUUCCCAGCGAUACUCCCAGGGACUCCUCAGGGGCAUCGGUGCCUUCAGGGGAGCUCUCAGGUGUGGUGGCGCCCCCAGGGGUCGGCCAAGGGGUCACGUCGUCAGCAGGGGCUCUUCUUAGGCGCACCGAUGCCCCCAGGGUCUCCCCUCAGG